CAUCACUGUAUUACACCACUGGCUGUGUCUAGCUGUUCGUUACGUUAGUAGGGAAGAGUCGGGAGCUGCUAGGCUGACAUAGCGUUGCUCAACAAGCUCUAGCAGUAGCAGCAUCAAUAGCAACUGUGAGCCCAUAGUAACAGGCACGACAAGAAGGUUUACUGUACAAAAUGUCAGCGGACGGUAAGGAAAACGGAGCGAACAGCAGUCGUCAAGACACUUUCGCCAAUGAAAAUUGGGCAGCUGAGCAGCCAAACAGAGAGGACAGCGUCACCCUGCAAGAAAUUCUCGACGAAGAGGAAUCGCUGGAGGCUGAUGCAGCAGCCGUUCUCGGCGCUUCGGACGCGAAACGUUGCAGCUAUGUUAAGGGAUACGUCGACAGACAAGCACUUUACGCGUGCGCCACGUGCGCCCCGCACCCAGCCGCCGCAGGGGUCUGCCUCGCGUGCUCUUAUGCAUGUCAUGAUGGCCACGAACUUUACGAACUGUAUACGAAACGUGAUUUCCGAUGCGACUGUGGCAACAGCAAAUUUCCCAACAUGACCUGCUCCCUGUAUUCGGCAAAAGCAGCGGUUAACAACGAAAACUCAUACAACCAGAACUUCUCGGGAAAAUACUGCCGUUGUUCGCGACCUUACCCGGAUCCCGAGCGUACCGAUUCCGAAGAGAUGCUUCAAUGCGUCGUCUGCGAGGAUUGGUUCCAUUUGAGUCAUAUCGGGCUGGCAUCGGCUAAUUCAGACGAUUUUGAAGAGUUGAUUUGUGACGACUGCAUGAAAGCACAUGCGUUUCUUUGGAAGUAUAACAAGUUGGCCAAAGACAAGGAGGUGGACGUGAAGGUAGACGUGACAACGGUCGAAGACAACUCUGAGCCAAACCCCAAGAGACCACGACUUGAAGAUGGGCAAGGCGAAACCGCAAACGAAUCCAACACGUCAGAGAAAACACCAGCGUCAUGCACCUUCGCCAAGUUGCCUAUAGUUGAACCAAUUCCAACGUCAGGGGCUACGUGGCCCAAAUCAUGGCGGUCCCUUUUGUGCACUUGCGGUGAUUGUAAUAAAAUAUAUAUCAAAGAAAAGUUGUCAUUUUUGGCACGAGCUGAUGACACCGUGGGAGCUUAUGAAGACCGCGGUCUUCGCAAGCGUAGAGAAGAUGGUCCUCAAGAGGAUCCGUUAAUGAGUGCUCUUAAUAAGAUGGACCAUGGCGUCAAGAUUGACCUUAUCGAUGGGUACAACAAUUUAAAGAGUUGCUUGACCGAGUUCCUACGAGAACAGGCGAGCCAAAAUAAGGUUAUCACGGCAAGGGACAUCCAGGACUUCUUUGAGGAGAUGCAAAGAAAAAGAAAAAACUCUGCCCCCCCGCCUGUCAGCUAUAUGUGUCGGUAAAUCGCAAGUAAUUAUGGCGUAGUUGAGGAUAAUAGGCCAGUUGGAACAUCAACGGCAGGCCUCCGUCGUUUCUGAGUUUUUGUAAUUGAUCUCCGAAUGACGGUGUUGUAUUUUAAUAAAUGCAGGUUCCUGUUGUUGAACAGUUUGCCGGUUGGCGCAUGCGCAUUUGUGAUCAGUGCUUUUGGUAGCGAGAAAAGAGAUUCAUCGCUCUAGAUUUGUUUCACCCAACUUAAGGGUGAAUUAUAGGUCGUUCUAUGUUCUUUAUAAAUCAGCGGGUUACUGGCAUCACUUAAUCGACACGUUAAUGGCGUAGAGUGAUAUUAAAAAUUGAGUACAUUUUUCAGUGGUAUGUGGAAAAUAUUUUCUAAUGCAAAACUUGAGUUGGUGAGCAAAGCCCAAUAAGAGAUAUUUUAGGUAAGGGCUUUGUAUACCGCAUGAACCAAAUUUCAGCAAACUUAAUUUCAGCAAAGCAAAUUUUUACCGCAUAUAAGCAGCGAUAUAUAACUGUAAAAAGAAAGGUUAACGAUCGCACACCUGCUCGAUGAAAUGUAGUUUAACUUCUCUAUCGAAGUCAGUUAACAUGAAGUAUGGGGUUUAGCCUUAUCUGUCGAACACCUCGAAAUUAACCGCUGCCAAUGCGCGAAUGUGAGGCGAUCACAGACCAAUAGCGGCGCAGAAUCACCCGGCAAAGCAGCCAUUUUGUCAAUAAAACAACGGAGACAGCAGGUGAACCGUCAAAACAUACAGUCAAUAGAACAAAAUGACAAAAGGCACAAUAUUUCCACUCUAUGGUUUAUUAAUAAUACUAUUGUAUGACUCCUAGAUAUUGUAAACCAAGUGGCAAAUAUCGGUCUACAGUAAUGAAGGGGGCUACGAAGCGAAAAGUCGACAGCAGUGUGUUCAUAUAUAAUACCUACAUAGAUGAUGUACGGUAGAAUACAGCAAAAAACAACACUAAUUAAAAUAUUAUGUAUCUUCCCUGCAAACGGGCAGAAGUGGAAGGCGAAGAAAUCGACUAACAAAUUAAUUGUUAGGUACGCGAUUGUCAAUCAGACGAUGAUUACUUAUCUUAAUCAUCGGAAGAUUCAUUAAGAAAAACCGCAGUCAUUAUGAUAGUUAUAAAUAUCUGAUAAUAAUAAUGAUAACAAGGAUAUUUUCAAGUGGCUUCAUUUGAUCAAAUAGUUUCUAACCCCAUAUAUUAUACUUGGAAUCAAAAGUGUUAAUUUCACAAAGUGCGUUGUUUAACAUCCAUUAGCAUGCCUCGCAUUUUUUAUGCUAUCUACGGUUAUUGUCAGAAAUACUAAGGUAAACUAUUCGAUAACCGGAAAUUAUAUGGAUUUAAUUGCGUCACAUGAUUGGUUCGUGCGGAAACGCGUCUCGUAUAAAUUUUCUUGGACCUCUCCCUUUAUUCGAGUGCUCAUGUUAAUAAACGCGGCUUUCUCCAAUGCUCCCACUUUGAGGGCGGCAAAAGGCAGAAACAAACCGUAUAAAAAUAAAAGGGUACAUAAUAUAAGCUAUAUACGCGACUAGAUGAGCACAUCGUAUUCACAUGUGUUUUCCUUGACUUCUCUAUUUCAAGCAUUUUGCAACAAUUCACUGCAUUUUUCCUUACUAAAUUACGUUUUUCACAUACAUAUUUAUUUUUUUCUACUCCAUUCGCUUAGCUACAUCUGUGUAGAUAACAAUUACGAUCUAGCUAGAGUGCUAUGAUACAUUAAUAUCAUAUAAACAAGAUAUGUACAGAAAUAGAUAUCCACGUAAAUACAUCUCAUCAGGGUUUUUGGC